AUGUGUCACUGCUCGACAUCUGAAGAUGCAGAACUUAGCCUCCUGCGUUUCUCGCUAUGCUUGCCAGGUGCUAAUGGUAUCCCCAAACCCAGAACAUCCGGGGACCAACAAGUGGCGUGGCUCGCGAGCCCUGCCAGUCUAGACGCUGAUCCAUCGACACCCGAAGACUCUGGUUGGAUUUGCGGCAUGUAUGCUCGAGCCUGGGCUCGGUUGGAAAUGGCCAUCUAUGGCCAAGAUGUGGAGGAUGAUCAAGAGAUUGCCUUUUGUUACGGAGAUGCUGUUACUUUUGCCGCUUGCAUACCUUUCUAUGGUUUCACUAUUGGAUCACUGCAAUAUGCCGUCCGCAGCUACUUUGGGCUUGAAGGAACCCGGAGACAAGAUUUUAGCGAUGGCUGCUGCUUUCCACGCGAUACAAUUCUGAGGAACGAGCAAGAGAUUAUCCUUCGUGAGAGGCUCCGCAGGGCCCCGGAGGAGAAGCCGCAGCCACCAUAUGGCUGCUAUGAUCAAAUGCUCUACCAAUCCCAGACAGAACAGCAGCAGCAGCAGCAGCAGCAGCAGCGUGCUGUCCGAGGAGAUCAAGCCCAGGUCCCUGCCAGCGAAAACAAGACGGCAGCCACGAAUGCCAACGUCAAACCCUCACCAGCCAAGGUACACUCUGUGCAUGAGGAUGUUCGCCAGCCCGCUCAAACCAAUCGACGAGCUCCGCACACUCUGGAAGAGGAUCUCGCCACUCCGGCCAAGGCAAAACGACAGGAGCACAUUCUUCAUGACGACGCCGAGACAGCAACUCCCACGAAACCGGUGCCCCACGAAUUGGGCGCAACAUCGUUGAAGGCUGGGCAGUGA